AUGUGGCUUCUGAAUGCGCACUCGCUGGCAUUAGAUAGCGUCACUGGAUCACAAGACGUCAAGUAUGCCAUCCUAUCGCACACCUGGGGCGAAGGUGAAGUCACUUUUCAAGAAGUCUUCAGCGGCAAGGCAAGUAAAAAGAAAGGCUAUCAGAAAGUCGUCAAUACCUGUCGACAAGCUUUGAAGGAUGGCAUCGACCGGGUGUGGAUUGAUACGUGCUGCAUCAACAAAGAGAGCAGCGCUGAACUCACGGAGUCGAUCAAUUCGAUGUGGCGAUGGUACUGCGACGCCGAGAUAUGCUAUGCGUACUUGGAAGACGCAAAUGCUCAUGGCCAUGACGCGCUCGCACGUAGUCGAUGGUUUACCCGCGGUUGGACGUUACAAGAGCUAAUUGCUCCUACUAAGGUCAUCUUUUACAAUGGCGUGUGGCAAGAACUUGGACGAAGAGAUACGCUGCUGCGUACGCUCUGGCACAUCACCAAGAUUGAUCCAUCCGUCUUGGUGGAUAGAAAGAAACUUUCUGGCGUCGUUGUGGCUAGGAAGAUGUCUUGGGCCGCACAUCGUGCAACGACAAGGCUGGAGGACCGGGCCUACUCUCUACUCGGCAUCUUUGGAGUGAACAUGCCGUUGCUGUACGGAGAGGGAGAAAGGGCUUUCAUCAGGCUCCAAGAAGAGAUCAUCAAGACGUCGACGGAUCAUAGUAUAUUUGCCUGGAGCUCUCUCAACCCUCGACCGCAUGAUGAUGAUGAGUUGGACUUGCUAUUUGCAAAAUCUCCACGCGACUUCUCCCACUGCAUAAUGAUGGUCCGAUGGACUCCUGGCCAUCUUGAUGAGGAGUUUCAUUUGAGAAAUCGUUGA